GGCUUUCGCCUCUCUUGGUUCGGCGAUGGUUUUCUUUUGUCCUUGCAUCCAGAUCCGAACUCCCGCAGAGAAGAAACGGCGAUGUUGACGGCCAAAUUCCUCCGCCUCCCUCUCCGCUCCUCCCUCAACGCCGUCUCCUCCGCCCCCUUCUUCCGUCGAGAAGAGCCCCUCCUCCUCUGCUCCCCUCUCCUCCAUCUCCUCCGCCACUACCGCAGCGACGGCCGCUCCCGCGAUGAUUUCCCCUCCUCCAGGUACGAGCAGCCGCCGCCGCCCAUCAACUGGGGCAUCCGCAUCGUGCCGGAGAAGAAGGCCUGCGUCGUCGAGAGGUUCGGCAAGUAUCUGCGCACCCUUGGUUCUGGAAUCCACAUUCUUGUCCCUUUAGUUGACCGGAUCGCGUAUGUCCACUCCCUCAAAGAGGAGGCCAUCCCGAUUCCCGACCAAUCCGCCAUCACCAAGGACAAUGUCAGCAUCCUGAUCGACGGGGUCCUUUAUGUCAAGAUUGUUGAUCCAGUCCUUGCUUCCUAUGGUGUGGAGAACCCGAUAUUUGCAGUUAUCCAGCUAGCACAAACGACGAUGAGGAGUGAGCUGGGUAAAAUUACUCUUGAUAAGACAUUUGAGGAGAGGGAUACACUCAAUGAGAACAUUGUGAGAGCAAUCAAUGAGGCUGCUUCUGAUUGGGGUCUUAAAUGUCUGCGUUAUGAAAUACGGGAUAUAUCUCCACCACCAGGAGUAAAGGCAGCUAUGGAGAUGCAAGCUGAAGCAGAAAGAAGAAAACGUGCUCAAGUUCUUGAGUCUGAAGGAGAAAGGCAAGCUAAAAUCAACAUUGCUGAUGGUACGAAAGCUUCUGUGAUAUUGGCAUCAGAAGCUGCAAUGAUGGACCAGGUUAAUAGGGCUAAAGGAGAAGCUGAAGCUAUCCUUGCUAGAUCACGAGCGACUGCUGACGGCCUCAAGAUAUUGUCACAGGCUAUGAAAGCCGAGGGAGGCACUGAGGCAGCAAGUCUCAGAAUUGCUGAGCAAUAUAUUAAAGCAUUUGGUUGCAUAGCAAAGGAGGGAACGACUCUCCUACUUCCUAGCGCUGUUGGAAACCCUUCUUCUAUGAUAACUCAGGCUCUAGCAAUAUACAAAAAGCUUAAUGUAGACAAUACAAGUGCUCCUUUAGCGGAGAACCCCCAUCCAGAGACCUCAGAAGAGAGCAAGAGCAAUGGUGAUUCUAGAAUCUAUGCCUUAGGAACUUCUUCAGAUAUGGCAUCUGUUUCUGAUCCAAGUGAAAGAGUAUUCUCUCUCCAAAGUCCACCAAAGGGAUUGAGCUAGUCUUUGCUUUGCUUCACAAGUUGUCAAAGGGAAUUAUUUUUGCAAGCUAGGCAUGGAACUGUCAUUCUGUUCAUUCUUGAGAAAAUUGUGAAGAAAAUUUUACAUUUUGAAGUGAUUUGUAGAUGAAAAGGUCAAGACAUUGAAAUGAUCUGGUCUGCUCAACUGACACUCUCAGUUGAAUCAUCACAUGGUGUUACACAAAUCCGCAAAUGAAAAGGGAAAGGAACAAAAAAUAAUGUCAUUGGAUCUUUUUAUUAUCUUGUCAGGUACU